AGCUAAUGAUCGUUCAGCCACUUCCUCGCACCCAAGCGAUGCCUGGGGAAAUGCGCAUGCGCUGUCCAGAUUUGUGCUUGGAGGCAGUCCUGUAUGCUCCAGAUUCCUUUGGAGAAUUCCGGAAGAAGCAAGUUUCUGUCUCAAAGUCAAUUUCUUCACUUACUAUAGCUUCAGAUGAAAAAAUGGGUAAGGAACAAUUUCACAUUCAGUUCAGAAAGAAGAUGCCGGCAUGCUAACAGUUCGCAGAUUAUUUUGCAGAAGGAACGUGGCUCGAGAGAGUUACUGUGAAAUCAAUGUUGAACUUGUUUAACUGCCAUCAACAUUUGUAGACUAAAAAUAUUUCUUCUCCAAUUUACCUCUAAAUUAAUAUCAAGAUACUUUCAGAAUGUCUAGCAAAGAAGUGAAGACUGCCCUAAAAAGUGCAAGAGAUGCAAUCAGAAACAAAGAGUACAAAGAAGCUUUGAAACAUUGCAAGACAGUGUUAAAGCAAGAGAAAAAUAACUAUAAUGCCUGGGUUUUCAUUGGUGUUGCUGCAGCUGAACUAGAGCAGCCUGAUCAGGCCCAGGGUGCCUAUAAGAAAGCUGCAGAACUAGAGCCAGAGCAGCUUCUUGCUUGGCAGGGGCUAGCAAGUUUGUAUGAGAAGUGUGAUCAUGAAAAUGCUAAGGGUGAUUUACCCGGUGUUUACCAAAAGCUGCUGGAUCUCUAUGAAAGUGUUGACAAGCAGAAGUGGUGUGAUGUCUGUAAGAAACUUGUGGAUCUGCAUCACCAGGAAAAGAGACACCUAGAGGUAGCUCGGACAUGGUAUAAAUUGAUAAAGACACGGCAAGAAGAUGGAGCAGACAAGCAAGAGCUUUAUGAGCUGUGGAGAAAACUCACUAAGUUGCUUGCGGAGUAUAUAGAGGAUCAGAAUAAUGAAACGCAGCAGAUGCUUUUAACUGCAUUUGAGAAUGCACUGGACUUAGCAGAUAAUAUUCCCAGUGAAGAUCACCAAGGACUUUAUAGGCAUUUCAUUCAGUGCUUAUCUAAACUUCCUCAUGAAACUUCAAGAUUGAAGAAUGCCUGUGAAGGAAUGAUAAAUAUCUAUCCCACCGUACAGUAUCCACUAGAAGUGAUUUCUUUGCACUUGAUUGAGUCAGGGAGUCUGACAGAUGAAGGACAGCAGUACUGUUGUAAGCUAGUAGAAAUGAAUUCAAAAAGUGGUCCAGGCCUUAUUGGCUUAGGCAUUAAAGCUUUACAAGACAAGAAGUAUGAAGAUGCUGUUAGUCGCCUAACAGAAGGCUUGAAAGAAAUCCCUCUCUGCAUAGCUGGCUGGUGUCAUUUAGCUGAAGCCCAAGUCAAAGUGCACAGACCUAAGGAAGCAAUUCUUUCUUGUGACCAAGCGCUGAAGAACAUAGAUAACCACAGUGCAGCAGGUAGCAGACGUCAUCAGAAGAAUCUGUGUCUUCUUUUGAAAGCUGAGGCUUUGCUUAAACUCUCAGAUUGUGAAUCUUCAGAGGAAGCAAUUCGUAUUCUUGAUCAGGUUUCGGAUACAGAUAAUACCCCAGGACUGCUGGUUCUUCAAGGCCUGGCCCAUCUGAACACAGGUGCUGUAGACAAGGCUACAAAGAUUAUGGAAGACCUUCGAACUUCUUACCCUGACCUGGCCGAAGUUCAUGCACUUGAGGCUUUGAUUCAUUUUACUAAGAAGGACUAUCUGCAAGCAGAAGCAUGUUUCCAGAGAGCACUUGAGCAAGAUGCUGAAGUUGCUGAAUAUCAUUACCAGCUUGGGUUGACAUACUGGUUCAUGAGUGAAGAAACAAGAAAAGAUAAAUCAAAGGCUCUUACCCACUUUCUGAAGGCUGCAAGACUGGACACAUACAUGGGUAAAGUUUUCUGCUAUUUAGGUCAUUAUUACCGCGAUAUAGCUGGAGAUAAGAACAGAGCUCGAGGAUGUUACAGGAAAGCUUUUGAAUUAGAUGACACCGAUGCUGAGUCUGGAGCAGCGGCUGUUGACCUAAGUGUGGAACUUGAAGACACGGAAACUGCUUUAGCUAUCUUAACAGCAGUAACUCAAAAGGCAAGUGCUGGAGCGGCAAAGUGGGCCUGGCUUAGGCGAGGACUGUACCAUUUGAAAGCUGGUCAACAUUCUCAAGCAGUGGCUGAUUUGCAGGCAGCACUGAGGGCAGACCCAAAGGACUGCAAUUGUUGGGAAUCCUUAGGAGAGGCGUACUUAAGCAGGGGCGGCUAUACAACAGCAUUGAAGUCUUUCAUAAGAGCCAGCGAGCUAAACCCAGACUCCAUGUACAGUGUGUUUAAAGUGGCAGCAAUACAGCAAAUCCUAGGCAGGUAUACCGAGGCCAUCGCGCAGUAUCAGCUGAUCAUUAAAAAGAAAGAGGAUUAUGUGCCUGCUUUGAAAGGUUUGGGUGAAUGCCAUCUGAUGAUGGCGAAAGCAGCCUUAGUGGAUUUUCUGGAUGGAAAAGCUGUAGACUAUGUGGAAAAAGCAUUGGAAUAUUUUACUUGGGCACUGCAGCAUCAAGCUGAUGUGUCCUGCCUCUGGAAGCUUGCUGGGGAUGCCUGCACCAGCCUGCAUGCUGUUUCACCGUCUACAGUGCAUGUUCGUGUCUUAGGAGUGCUUCUCGGUCAGCAGGAAGGAAGUGAAGUAUUGAAGAAAGAUGAGCUCCUGCAUCUAGGAGGAAGGUGUUAUGGUCGUGCAUUAAAGUUGAUGUCUACAUCUAACACAUGGUGUGAUCUUGGAAUUAACUAUUACCACCAGGCACAGCAUCUGGCAGAGACAGGCAGCAGCACAGAUGGCCUUACAGAGCUACUGGAGAAAUCUGUGCAAUGUCUGAAAAAAGCAGUGAGACUGGACAGUAAUAAUCACUUAUACUGGAAUGCUCUUGGUGUGGUUGCAUGUUACCGUGGUAUUGGAAAUUAUGCUCUUGCUCAGCACUGUUUCAUCAAAUCUAUCCAGGCAGAACAAAUUAAUGCUGCUGCAUGGACCAACUUAGGAGUGCUAUACCUUGCGACCGAAAACAUUGAGCAAGCUCAUGAAGCUUUCAAAAUGGCUCAGUCCCUUGAUCCAUCUUAUUUAUUGUGCUGGAUUGGACAAGCUCUUAUUGCAGAGACAGUUGGAAGUUAUGACACCAUGGAUCUCUUCAGGCACACUACAGAGCUCAGCAUGCAUACUGAAGGAGCCAUAGGUUAUGCAUAUUGGGUUUGUACAACAUUACAAGACAAAAGCAACAGAGAAACAGAGCUAUACAAGUACAACAUUCUCCAGAUGAACGCUGUUCCUGCAGCACAGGGUGUUCUGUGUAAAUAUGUGGAAAGAAUUCAGAAUUACGCUCCAGCUUUCACAAUGUUGGGCUAUUUAAAUGAACAUCUACAGUUAAGAAGAGAAGCAGCAGAGGCAUACCAAAGGGCAACUUCCCUGUUACAUUCUACGGAAGACCAACAUACUUACAGUGUUACAGUGAGAAACUGGGGCAGAUUGUUGUGUUCCAUUGGUGAAUAUGACAAAGCUGUCGAAGCCUUUAAGUCAACGCCCCUUGAGGAACUGGAGGACAUCGUAGGUUUGGCAUUGGCAUUGUUUAUGAAGGAACUAUAUAAGGAGAGCAGCAAAGCCUAUGAGAGAGCCUUGACUGUUGUCAAAUCAGAACAAGACAAAGCUCAUGUCUUGACAGCUCUGGCAAUAACAGAAUACAAACAAGGACAAAUGGAUACAGCCAAGUCAUUGCUUUUCAAAUGCUCUAUUUUAAAGGAACCAACCAUAGAAAGCCUUCAAGCCCUGUGUGCUCUAGGGUUGGCAAUGCAGGAUGCUACACUGUCAAAAGCAGCGCUUAAUGAGUUCCUGAAGCACACGAAGCACAAAAAUGAUUAUCACAGAUGCCUUCUUACUUCAGCGAUCUGUGCACUCCAGGGCCGCAGCGUGGCAGUGCAAAGACAGGCAGCCAAGGCUGUCCACAGUAACCCUGCUGACCCAGCUCUUUGGUCUCUGCUGUCUCGAGUUGUUGCUCAGUACACUCAACGGAAUGCAAAGGGAGGAGCUGUCGCCGGUGCUGUGGCUCAUGUUCUGGAUGCAAAUCAUGGAAAGAAGGCAUUAUUGUACACUGCAAUAAACCAGUUGGCCAUGGGAAGUGGUACAGCAGAAGAUGAAAAAAAUAUUUCUCUAAAGACCAUUCAGAAGGCAGCUUUCCUUUCUCCAGAUGACCCUGCUGUCUGGGCUGGGCUGAUGGCGGCCUGCCAUGCUGAUGAUAAACUGGCUUUGGUCAACAACAUUCAGCCAAAGAGGGUAGAUUUGCACUUGGCACUGCUGUCUGCUGUUUCUGCCUCACUUAAGGACAAAGACAUUUUGCAAAAUUACAACCAGUCACUUGAAAAGUGGUCUCUCUCACAAGCUGUCACUGGUCUAAUUGACACAGGAAGGAUAUCUGAAGCAGAGUCUCUGUGCACAAAGAAUUUAAAAAGUAACCCUGAUCAGCCAGCAGUUAUCUUACUGUUGAGACAAGUUCAGUGUAAAUCACUGCUGGAGUCACAGAAGCCCCUCCCAGAUGCUGUACUAGAAGAACUGCAAAAAACAGUGAUGUCCAAUUCCACCUCUGUUCCAGCAUGGCAGUGGUUGGCACAGGUGUAUCAGUCCCAAGGAAUGAUGGGUGCUGCAGAGAUGUGUUACAGAAAGAGUCUACAAGUGGCAUCCCAACAGGGCAAUUGGAGUGGGAAGCUCUCGAGUCUGUUGAAGCUCGCACUGCUUGCAUUGGAAGUGUGCAUGGCUAAUGUUUCCAGUGAUCACUGGUCAUCCUUGCUUCAAGAGGCCACCAGCGAGGCCUUGAAAGUUUGCUUUUGUCCUCUGGCUGUGUUCUUGCAAGCUUUGUUACAAUUCAACCGCAAGAUGGGAGCAAGAGAGACACGGAGACUCUUGGAGAAAGUAGUGUAUCAGCCUGGCUAUCCCAACUCAAUUGUAUCAACUGCACGUUGGUACCUCUUAAGACACCUCUACGCCAAAAACGACCAAGAGCUCAUUGACGUGUUGGUGAAAAAUGCUGAAGCUCACAGUGACAAAAGAACAUUGGAACUGAAUGAGAAGCUGUCAUCACAGUAAUCAUGGUUGUGAGACAACUGUAAAAUCUGAAGAAAAUAGGACGAGACAGUCAAGACUUCUCACCUGAACAACAUAUUCUAGAACUAGUUGUAUCGGCUGGGCCUGGUGGCACACACCUUUAAUCCCAGCCCUCAGGAGGCAGAACUGAGGGGAUGUCUGUGAGUUCCAGACCAGCCAGCAGUACACAGUGAGAUCCCAUCUUGAAAUAUUAAAAAAAAAAAAAAGCAAAUAAAUUAAAAGUUGCAGUUUUAAUCAUCCAUUGCUUUUCCUCUUUCCCCCUUUUUUUAAUCUAGAGAAGUUGAAGUUCUAAGUUAGAGGUGUAACUUCCCAGUAACCCUCAAUCUGCCGCUUUUAGCCUUAAAGAUUUCUCUGACUUAGUCCUUAAGAAAGAAAAAAACCCUCGUUCCCUUACUUAUUUUUUGUUUGUGUGUUUGUUGGAGUACUUUUUUUUUUUCUAGAGAGUUUCUCUGUGUAGCCCUGGCUACCCUGGAACUUGCUCUGUAGACCAGGCUGCCCUGAAACUUAGAGAUCCAACUGCCUCUGCCUGCAAGUGCUGGGAUUAAAGGCGUGUGCCACUACCACCCAGCACAAACCUUAUUUUUUUACAUUUGCAUGGGUAUAAUAGGGUAUCUUUUGGAGGUUGCCUCUUACAAUAAAGCCUUUGUAGCCAUUUUACAAAAUAAUAUGAAAAAGUAAAUUUUAUUAUUUUUUAAAUUCCAGAGUUCUUCAGACCAAGUCUUGGUGAAAUAUACACGUGCUCUUGUAGUCUGUCUUGCUAGUCCCACCUCAGAUCCUGUUGAAGAAGCAGUGUAUGGAUGCUCGAAAGAGUGACUGCUAGUGAAUCUGUAAAGUUUAGAAUGCUCAGUUAUCUGUUGCAUUUAAACACAAAUAUUAAUGAAACAUUUGUUGAAAAUGAUGCUGAUAAUGUUUAAUUAUUUGCACAAUUUCUUUGUUCAUGAUGAAAAGACAUUAGCUACCUGAAAUAAAACAAAAAUCAGUGUCUUAUAUUUUUAUAUUAUCAAUAUGAGUCAUAGUUUUUAAGUUAUGGGUUUUUAAAACUUAAAAGCAGAGUUACCUAUUUUUUUUCAAAAAGUAAUUUAUAUAUUUAAAUAACCUGUGUGUCACUUACUUUGUAUUGUGGUUUUCAAUAUUCCAAUGGGCAUCGUGGUAUAUGCCUUUAAUACCUGCCCUUGAGAGGCAGAGGCAGGCAGAUCUCUGAAUUUGAGAUUAGUCUGGUCUACGUAGAGAGUUCCAGGCCAACCCAAAUUGCAUAAUGAGGUCUCAGAUGUAAAUAUCUAUUGUAUAGGGGUGUGUGGCAAUAUAAUUUAGUGUGUGUUUUUUCUAAGGCAGUGCUCUUGUUGUAUUAUUUUAUGAAAUCUUAUGAAUUGGUAAUAUCCUCUAAUUAAAUUGUACUUCAGAGGUUACUCUCUUAGACAGAACUGUAGCUUGGUAUUUCCCAACUGUGGUAGAACAUUAUAGUCACUGACAGCUAUUCAGUCCGAGGCCUUUGGAUUGGAGGGGUCAGAACUCAGCACUCUGAUGGAGCCUGAGGUGGUCAGAGCUGAACAGGAUGUCCUCUGCUUAUUUCCUCCUUGCCCUUCUCGUGAGCUGAUCCUGUGCUUGUAGCCUGACCCACAGGCCAGCUGGAGACACACUACAAGAGGCGUCUGUGGGGCUGGACCCAUGUCCUGUUUCUGCUGACUGGGCUGCUGACAUCUGCCUGUUUUAGGCACAGUCCCUGCCAUCUGCCUGCUUUCUUGCGGGGGUUACUUUCUUCCCUGUUUAGAUUAUGUGACCAAUCUGUGGUUUAGAAAAUGCAUUCACUUAGGAUUUACAUAGUGAAGAUAACACAUAGUGUGUUUAGUUUUGCUCCAGCCACAUUCAAGUGGUAACCUUUGUAUUCUUUUGACAAUUCCAGGAACCUGAAACCUGGAGUUUUCUGGAAAUCAGGGUGGUAAAAAUGUCUUUAAGGCCAAUUCAGGUCUUUUGUUUUGUUUUCAUUUAGAAUGUGCACAUGCAGGUUAUUUUGUGCCAACCUUGGGAUCAUCGUCUUUCCUUACCUUUUCCUUUAAUAUUGAUGUUAAACAACAGUCUUUAAAAAGUCAGUUCGAAACAAAUCAACAUUAUAAAACUGAAAGGUUUUUGAGUUAAAUUAAAGCUGAUUUCUCCAAGGACUGGUA